CGCUCACAUUAUAAGUACUUAAAUAGCGCCACCUAUCGAUCUUUCCUAGAAAUAAUGUAGAACUUAAGAGGUACUGUGUUUACUGGCUGCGUGAACUAUUUAAAUUCCGUUGCCCGGGAAAACCGCAGCGGUCUGUUAAAGAGUGUCAAGUACCCGUAGCUUCAUUAAACUGUAACCGCCAGCAUCAACUCGCGCCAGAAUUUAUUUACGGUUCCUCAGAAUCAUUACUGCAUAUCAAACAAAUACAUUUCUGUGGAAAUAAAUGCGUUGACACUGAAAGCCUGGAUAUGAAGCCCAAUGUCUGGAAUAUAAAGGAGAUGUUGAAUAUCCCCGCGACUUCUGGAGGGAUAAAAACUGCUAAGGGUCCGGGAACCAGUGACUACUCCAGCCUGAGUGACUCCCAGUUUCUGUUGGGCUCUCAAAUGUGGCCUGACAAUUCACAAGGGUUUACUCAGGAGAUGAGUGGGCAGAGCAGAGGUUCUCAGCAUACCUCACAGGAGAUGAAGGAAAUGAUGGUGUCCAGCAGUUAUAGUUCUAAGCCGUUUUUGUUUGGUGGUGAUGGCAAAAUCUCAAACUUCACUAGUAGCAAAUUUGUCGGCAUGUUGGACAAAUUUGAGGAGGAGAAGAGAAAAGCCAAAGAAAAAUAUGAAAGGGAAAUUCUCACUCAUGGAAUUCUACAACUGCAGGAAUCUCUGGAAAAUACCAGACAGACUUUGUUAAAUCGCAUUGAUGGAAGUAAUGACAUAACCAAAGUUGUAAUGGAGAAAUUGGAUACUUUUUCAAAAACAAUUGAAGGUUAUUUAAACAGUGUGAAAGAAGGUAUAACAUGUCAGUUUGAGACUCUGCAGAGCCAAACACAAAUAGAAAUGGGAGACAGGGAUGCCAAAAGCAGUCUGGCUGCAGAAGAGUUGAGCUCAGGCAUGCUUAACCUCCAACAGGAUCUGGAACAUCUGAAAGCAGAGCAGAGCAAGGAGCAGAGCAUGCUGGGAAAGAUUCUGUCUCAGCUUAGUACUUUGAUUUCUAUUCACAAGCCGAUGACAGGACCUGGCUCGGCUAGAAUGAUUGACAGUGAGGUCCAGACAUCACCUGGUUUAUUAGAGAGGUUCUGUGUGAUAUCAGCUGAAAAAGAACACAAGAGCAAGAUGAUAUGCAACAGGCCUGUCAUUUAUUCAGGAAAACCAGCAGAGCAGAACCUGUGUCCACUCACAACACAGAAGACACGAAACAGAAAUGCACAAGCUCUGCCUGAAGAAAGACAGCAGACAGUAGUCACAGAGGAGGUUUCCCCUGAUGCUUCACAGAGAUUAUGGGGCACACAAUUAGUUGAGACCAGACCUUCAAGCCCACUUGUGGAUGUUCAGUCCACUGCAUCCAUAGAGGACCAUGGAGGACAGUAUGUAGACCUGAAGCCUGAAAAACCACUGCAUGUGAGAGAGAACCGAUUUGUCACUGAUGCGAUGCCACCACUGAAAAUACCUAAGAGGCGCCAAAAACCACUGAAUUAUAGGGGGAAAAAGAGAGCCCUGGUUCUCCCACAAAGACAGCCGGUGAGAAAAAAAGGAGCAAAUUUCUCAAAGGACAGCCAGCAGAACGAAGGCCUUCAGUGUGAACAAAAAGACAGAGUACCUUUGUCUUCUCUUUGUGACAACUGGAAAAUGACCAACAAGUCUGUUGCAGAGAAUCACUUAAAACUACAGCAGCAAGCCACCGUAGCACCAGUCAGUAGGUGUGUAGCUGAACAACCACUAAACCCCUUCAGUUUGUGGUCUGAGGACACAGACAGCUCCCAAAUGAUGGUGGAAUACAAGAUGUCUGAAUGGGAAAAUGUGGUGCCUGAACCUAAAACUAGUGUCAUAGAAGGAGAAGGUGGCCUCUGGCAGCUUUUUGACUUCACUAAUGACUCAGAAUAAGAUGCAGAAUACUUCCAUACUAUAUUCUGAUUACACUUACAUUUGAGACAUUAUUUAGAGUAUCUCCUAUGUUCAUUUUUUUGAAAGUUAGAACUUAGAAAUUGCCUGUGAACAUGCAAACCUUGUUCUCUAACCACUUUCUUUGCUAUAGACAUGUUCCUCUUCUGUUGCUUUACCUUGUUGAUUCUUUUUGAAGUAUGGAUUAUAAAAACAUAAAGACAAAUAGGCAGACUUUGCUACAUCUGAAAGAAUUUUGUUCUGUU